AGUUCCCCAGCAUUUAUUUCCAGUCUCUCGCACUUUGUCAUUUAUCUAAAUUCUAGGGUUUUAUCAUUUUCUCCUCAUGCCCCUUCGCGUUAGUUUCAUUGUAAUUUGAUAAAAACCAUUCCUUUUUGGUCGCAGACUAUUGUUAUUGCAAAUCUGAAGCCUCCGGCAUCGGCUUUUACGCACAUCUGUGUAAUUUUCCGCAUCGUCUUUUAUGCAAAUCACUAUACUGAGUAAUUUGAAGUUCUUCUGCGGGAGAAUCAACUGAAUUUCUCCUUGGAGUUAGCCAACCUUGAUAAUGGCAGACCUCAAAGAGCGGCUAUUACUUCCCCCAAAACCAGCAUCAGCCCUUAAUUUGAGAGAGCCAGUCAAUCGACCAUCAGCAUCUGGAAGGCAACCCUUACAAGGAGUGGAUGUGUUGGGGCUAAAGAAGCGGGGUCAAGGUCUUCGAUCAUGGAUUCGUGUUGACACAUCUGGAAACUCUCAGGCUAUUGAAGUAGACAAGUUCACUAUGAUGCGACGGUGCGAUCUACCUGCACGUGAUCUUCGCCUGCUAGAUCCUUUGUUUGUGUAUCCAUCAACUAUCUUGGGAAGAGAAAAGGCUAUUGUUGUAAAUCUUGAGCAGAUACGGUGUAUUAUUACAGCAGAUGAAGUUCUUCUCUUGAAUUCCCUAGAUAGUUAUGUAUUACACUAUGUGAUGGAGUUGCAACGCCGGCUAACUACUGCAGGGGUAGGUGAUGUUUGGCAGUCAGAAAAUUCUGAUAUGAGCCGAAGAAGAGGAAGUAGGAGUUUUGACAAUGCCUUUAACAACACAUCCCCUGAUUAUCUGCCUUUUGAGUUUAGAGCUCUUGAAGUUGCCUUGGAGUCAGCAUGCACAUUUCUUGACUCUCAGGCAGCAGAAUUAGAAAUUGAGGCCUAUCCUUUACUGGAUGAGUUAACAUCAAAGAUCAGUACAUUAAAUUUGGAACGUGUUCGUCGCUUGAAAAGUAGACUUGUUGCCUUGACUAGGAGAGUUCAGAAGGUUAGAGAUGAAAUAGAGCAGCUAAUGGAUGAUGAUGGCGAUAUGGCUGAAAUGUACCUCACUGAGAAGAAAAGUCGGAUGGAGUCAUCAUUUUUUGGAGAUCAUCAGUCUUCGAUGGGAUAUAAAUCAAAUGAUGCUGCAUCAAUUUCCGCACCAGUUUCUCCUGUUUCUUCACCUCCUGAUGCUCGGAGGCUUGACAAAUGUUUGAGCAUUGCAAGGAGUCGACAUGAAAGCAUGAAAAGUACAGAAAGUGCUACAGACAGUAUAGAAGAGCUUGAGAUGUUGUUGGAAGCUUACUUUGUUGUAAUUGAUAGCACCUUGAACAAGUUGACGUCGUUGAAAGAGUACAUUGAUGACACAGAAGAUUUCAUAAACAUCCAACUGGACAAUGUGCGCAAUCAGCUGAUCCAAUUUGAGCUUUUACUCACAACGGCAACAUUUGUGGUUGCCAUUUUUGGCGUGGUAGCUGGAGUAUUUGGAAUGAACUUUGAAAUCCCAUUAUUUGAUGUGCCCCAUGCAUUCAGCUGGGUCAUUAUAAUUACUGCAAUUUGUGGGGUCUUGAUAUUUUCUGCCUUUGUGUGGUUCUUCAAAUACAGAAGGCUCAUGCCCCUAUAGGAAGCCGAAGAUGGUUUCCGUGGUUAACAUUAUUUUUAGCUUUGCAUUAUUCAUGCAGAGAAAUUCUUUCAAAUUCAAUUUUGAAUCAGUUUUAGGUCAUUCCUUAAAGUAUUCUCUGUUCCCUAUUAGCAGUCUCUGUAUAUUGAGGACAAAAAUUUUCAGUCGAUUAGCAACAUAAAACUUGUGAUACUUUUCUGGACUUCUUGUCCAGGCCCCUUGAUCUUAUGAUGGUUGCGUCAUUGCUAUCUGUUAAUAAUAAGCAGCCAGCGUAUUCGGUACUGUUUAUGAUAA